AUGGUAUUAAAGCGGGGUUAUCUAGCUCAGAGGUCAGAGAUGGUAGAAGGCAAUAGAUCACAUGAUAACAGAAAACUUGAAGAGCACAUAAAGGCCAUGUUGAGGGAGCAACAAGAUCAACUUGAGACGGAAAUGACAGCACUAAGGAACCUGAUUCCAACACGAUUUUCUAGAAUGGAUUUCCCCAAAUUCAACGGGGAAUAUUUCAGAGGUUGGCUGUAUAAGAGCAAGCAGUUCUUUGAGGUAGAUGAAACUCCACCUGCUUUGAAGGUUAAAAUGGCAGCUGUGAAUUUGGAGGGUACGGCUCUUCAAUGGUACCAAGUUUACAUGGAAGUCCAGGGAUUAAAACAGACUGGUACUAUGUUAGAGUACCAAGAACAAUUUGAAGAGUUACUCAAUACGUUAGAUUUACCUGAAGAUUAUGCAACAAGCUACUUCUUAAGUGGAUUAAAACCAGAAAUUCAGCUGACUGUUAGGAUGUUCAUGCCUAAGAACGUGGCUCAUGUUAAUGAUCCAAUCACCAAAAGAUGUCAAAUGAGCCAUUAUUGGAAGAAUAAUAGUCAUGCUGGGACUUCUAAUCACCAAUGGAGGAAGAAUGCUUGGCCCCUAUUGCCUACCUCUUCUGUACCUGCUCUGCCUAGUAUUGGGAAGGGUAAUGAGGAGUUGGAAAAAAGACCUCACAGAAGGCUAACUCGAGCAGAAAUGGAUAAUAAAGGGGCUAAGGGAUUAUGUUUUUGGUGUGAUGAAAAAUUUGGCAUGGGGCAUAGAUGUGGUAAUAAACAGUUCCAUAGAUUGGAGAUUUGGGAUGACCAGGGGGAUGUUUAUGAAGAAAGGGGGGAUGAGUCCGUGGAAGAGGAAGUUGAUGAUAGAGAAGCUAGGGGAGGAAAUUUGGCACACAUUUCAAUCAAUGUUAUGACUAGCAUGGCAGUCCCAAAUUUCAGAAUUAUGAUGAUCACAGGCCAUGUGGGCAAACAAUUAGUGAAUAUACACAUUGACUCUGGUAGUUCUCAUAACUUCAUCCACCCUAAUGUGAUACAGAGAAAAUGCAAGGACAAGAGUUCAAAACUGAUCUACUGGUACUAUCAGUGGGAAGAAUGGUCACAGAGUAGUGUUGAGGGGAAUCAAGCAAUUGGGAUUGCAGUUGAUCAAGAAGAAAAAAUGCAGCAAGUUUUGCAAAAACCUUCACAAAUUGCUGCUAGCCAACUAUGCCUGAUCAGGGCAGUUGUUGAUCACACUAAAGAAAAUGCUGAAAUUCUUACUGUAACUGCUACACAUAAAGGUGAUCAGACACAAGAAGGUUCUGCAUUAGAUCAGUUGCUAAAGGAAUAUGAUGAUUUGUUCCAAGAACCCACAGAAUUGCCACCAAAAAGGCUACAUGAUCAUAGAAUACCUCUCAAGGAAGGCACUCACCCUAUUAGUGUCAGACCUUAUAGGCCAAGCUCAAGCCCUUAUUCAUCACCUGUUGUGCUGGUUAAGAAGAAUGAUGGCUCAUGGAGGAUGUGUAUUGAUUAUAGGACACUGAACCAAGCUACUACCAAGAACAAAUUCCCAAUUCCGCUGAGUAAAGAAUUGCUGGAUGAGUUGAUUGGUGCUAAAUAUUUUUCUAAACUAGAUCUUAGAUCUAGUUAUCAUCGAAUUAGAAUGUGCCCAGAAGAUAUUCAUAAGAUAGCUUUCAAGACUCAUGAUGGUCAUUAUGAAUUCCUAGUUAUGCCAUUUGGUCUCACAAAUGCUCCCUCUUCUUUCCAGAAUCUCAUGAAUGAUGUUUUCAAGCCCUUUCUCAAAAAAUUCUUGCUAGUCUUCUUUGAUGAUAUAUUGAUAUAUAGUCAAACAUGGGCGGAUUAUAUGAUACAUCUCAGGAAGGUUUUUGAAACCUUGAGAGCUAAUACUUUAAAGGUUAAAUUGAGUAAGUGUGCUUUUGCAAAACAGCAAGUUAAUUACUUGGGACAUGUGAUUACUUCAGAAGGAGUACAGGCAGAUCUCCAAAAGAUAGCAGCUAUCUAA